UCGGGCGGGGCACGGGCCUUCGGCCUCUGGAUGAAGUUGAUCCUUAAGGUCCUAUGAGCCAACAUUUAUUGACCAUUUACUACGUGCCAGAGUCCCUUCCCUCAAGAAGUUAAUACUCUGGUGGAGAAGAUCAGACACAUAAAUGGAUUAUAUCGGUCAUGUCAGUGCACUGUGAGAAAAGAAGACUAUCUCUUUGACAUCAAGUGGUUUAUAUCUGAAUCACCCGAGUGACUCAAAGUCCCAGCUUAAGGAAACCAGGAGCCGAACCCCAUCACACACCAUGCGGUGUUCCAUCAGGCGCGGCAUCAUAACCUCAGUGGGCAUCGGAUUCCUGUGGCUCUUCAUCACUUUGCAAGUCCCCAGGGAAACUGAAGAUGAUCCAAACAUGACGGCUUUCAGAGGCCAAGAGGACAUUUAUGGCAAAAGGAAAGAUCCGAGACUGCUGGAAGCCUGGCAGAAUCAUACCUUCCAGUAUAUUAAGACAAUUCAGCAAAGAAGAAAGACAUGGCUGACAGUGGGGAUCUCCUCGGUGCCACGACCAGACCAAAGCAGCCUCGUGUACACCCUGGUCUCCCUGUUCCGUGCUUCCUCUAAGGUUGAGCAGAAGCGUUUCACAGUACUCGUUCACCUGGCACAUUCUGACCUCUCCCAGCUCAGAGAAACCAUUGCUCAUAUUUCAACCCUCUUCAGCCCACAGAUCUUGGCAGGGCAGUUGCUACUGAUUCAUGCUCCAUCUGAUGCCUACCCUACCAUGGAUGCCAUGAGGAAGGGAGCCCACCAUGGUGAAUUCUACUCCAAGCAGAAUAUAGAUCAUGCCUUUCUCAUGAGCUUUGCCACAAGGCUCUCUGAAUACUUCCUGUUACUGGAGGACAAUGUCCUCUGUGCCUCCAGCUUUAUCACCCACAUUCAUCAGAAGGUGGACACCAUGAGUUCCAACCCCUGGGUGCUACUGGAGUUCUCUAAUAUGGGCUUCCUUGGCAAACUCUUCCACAGCAGGGACCUCCCACUCCUGGCUCAUUUCCUCCUCCUCUUCUACAAGGAAAAGCCCCUUGACAGGCUGAUCCCCCACUUCCGGACCCUCUUAGCACAGAAAAACCCAAUCCUCUGCAGACCGUUCUUUUUCUACCACAGGGUCUUUUACUAUAGCUCUAAUGACAGCCAGAAGGCCAUGCCAGUUUGGAAGAAGAACCCCUAUGGUCCUGACAACCCACCUGCAGCCAUUUUCACUGAUAUGAAGGUUUUUGAUGUUCAUUUCCCCUGGGAGGCCUAUGCUCUGGAUGAGUCAUUCUUCUGGACCCACAAUGUUAGUGCAGGGAACCACCUGACAGUCAUUUUGAACCAUCCGGCGAACUUGAGCAGAGUGCAAGUGCUGACAGGCACCAUCGUGGAUGGAAAGCAUGCCUUAGAGAAGGGGCAAGUGGAGCUGGGCUAUGACCCCGAGGGAAUGACUCCACACUGUACCAGUUUCGUCCUGCUGGGCCAUCUCUUGGAAGGGCAGAUGAAUCAGGAGAUAUUCAAAAGUAUGGGGUACGAUGUGAGCUGUGUAAGGCUGGUGGUGAAAGCUAAUCAGGUUGGUGGUCUCAUAAUCAGGCAUAUUUACCUCUGGGAGGAAAAUUCCAAAGAUAUGGAAGCUGCUCAGAGUUGGAGAAAAAUCACUAAGGAUGUGAAAAAUUAAAGACUUGAAGCUGUUCCA